GCUGUUGGAAGAGAUCGAUCUUGGCGACCCGGAGGGCGAUGGGGGCGGAGACUUGGAAAUCUCUCCGUUGUCUCUGGCCAGCUUCGUCCUGCUCGCCGAGCAUUCCGAGCUCGGCGCGCACAGCCAGCUUAUGCCCUACGUCGUGCCGCUCUGCUUUUCCCCGGCUCGGCGUCUCAACAUUCUCAUGCGCAGCUGCUAUGUGCUGCUUUCCAAUGCUGAUGCUGCUCCCGGAGUGGUAAACCUUGCAGACAUCGGUUCCCUAGAGGACGCCAAUACAGCCAGCGCUCCCUCGCAGCGCAGUGGCCCGGCUCAUCCGCAAAGGGGCCUGGCCCUCUUUUCGCAGGCCGCGGCGCCCCUCUUCGAGGUCAUCUCGGCGCAAUCGCCGAAGGCGCUGUCCACCCUUAGUGGUUCGUCCUGUCGCUGGCAUCCGGAGAGGACCUUCCAGAAACUCUUGGAAACCCUGACCUCCUGUCCGAACAUCGAGCAAGAGGCCAGGGGUGCCCUCUUCCGCUCAGCCAGCGCCGUGCUGAAGUUCUUUGAUUGGCCUGCACGCUUUGACCUCUAUCUCAGGGUGAUCCAAAGCAGCCGUGUGGACGCUGUGAUUGGGAGCGUUGUGAGCCUGUUCAAGGACGACUGGUGGAGGCGAGUGUCGCAGAACUCUGGGGAAAUGGCCGAGCAAAGAUCUCAACUGAUAAGCGUGCUCACUGCCACGCUGUCUGGGGAGGUGCAGAUUAUUGAUGGCAUGGACACGCUGACUGCUGCCCUGAACAUUCUGCGUCUGGUAGCCCUUUCCAAACUGCCCGCAGGGGCGUUCAUGCGCGAGUCGCUGGAGAAAGUGCCACUGCAGCUGACAGCGAAGUUGAACAACAUCUCGAAGCAGAUCGAUGCGGAGCUGAGUAUGCUGUCUCAUGGGGCGACGGGAGGCUUGUCACAAGAACUGGCUCUGGCUAUGGGCACUGAGCAGGUUGAUCUGAACCAGAUGAAGAGGGAUCGGAUCAACAUGGUCGCACACCUGGUGAGCCGAGUUAGAGAGAUUCUGUCGGAAAGUACGUCCUAG